GGUAUUGAUGGAAAGAGUUGAGGGGUUAGGGGUGCCAUUGAUCCCAGACUGCCAUGUGGACCUAGCAUGUCGGUCUACGUCUUGAUCCUCUUCGCUUGGGGCCCACUGGCCGCCCUAGCCUCCCAAAGGAGGGAAGAUGACUGCAGGCUCAGUGUGUGUCCCUCAGAUCAUACCAUUGCGAGUGCCUCCCCCCGGAAGAGCCAACCAUGAAAUUGAUAACAAUACACUUUUGGAAAUGAAAUCUGACACUCCCGAUGUCAACAUAUAUUAUACCCUGGAUGGCAGCAAACCUGAAUUUCUAAAGAGAAUUGGUUAUGGUGAAAAUAAUACAUAUAAGUACACGAAGCCUAUUACUCUGCCUGAUGGAAAAAUACAAGUUAAAGCUGUUGCAGUUUCUAAGGACUGCAGACAGAGUGGCAUUGUAACAAAGGUGUUUCAGGUGGGCUGCGAACCAGUGAAUACAGUCUCUUCAGAAAACCAUGUCGGAAAUGUCCUCAAAGAUUCUUUCAAGCAAGAAUUGGAAAAUGGAUUUGUUGAAUCAAAACUAUGGAAGAAAUACAAGAAUGCUGAAAAUAAACAGGAUUGGAAUCUUAACCUUAGAAAGUCUGCAGAUCUUGAAGGAGGAGAAAGAACUGACUCUAAAACAUGGAAGGACCUUCGUUUCUCAGAGAGUCCACUGGAAAUCCCACCUCACCAUGAAGAAUUAGGUUCUAGACCACCCACCCGCCAAUCUCAGUUCCCUAGUUUUGCUCACAUAACUGGCCAGAAGAGUUUGACAAGCACAGAGAUCAUGAGAAUUCAAAGAGAGACAGACUUUCUCAAGUGUGCCCACUGCCUGGCCCCCCGCCCAUCUGACCCCUUUGCUCGCUUCUGUCAAGAAUGUGGCUCUCCUGUCCCACCCAUAUUUGGCUGUCAUCUCCCACCCCCAGAAGGAGCUCAGAUGGGCUUGUGUGCAGAGUGCGGAAACAUGGUGCCCAUGAACACUCCCAUCUGUGUGGUGUGUGAGGCCUCUCUUACCCUACAGCCGCAGCCACAGGCCAGCCUCCGCUUGAAGGAGAAAGUAGUCUGCCGCACCUGUGGCACAGGGAAUCCAGCUCACCUGAAAUACUGUGUCACCUGUGAGGGGGCCCUGCCUUCAUCUCAGGAGCGCAUGCAUGGUGGAGAGAAACCCCCUUCUCCGCCCACUCAUAAAGGGGAGACCAUUUCCUGCUCCAAGUGUGGUCGCAGGAAUCGCAGGGAAGCUUGCUUCUGUGACUGGUGUGGAUCCAAGCCAGGCAUCUCUGUUUGCUACUCUGUUUGCCCCAAAUGUGGGGCCAGCAAUCACCCAUCUGCCCAAUUCUGUGGUUCCUGUGGUAUUUAUGUGACAUCCUUGGCAAGACUUAGCCUGGACAACAGCCUGGCCCUAGCCACUGGAGGACUUAGCCCUUUUCCUCAGUCCCGAUCUGCCUGGCAGUCCCUAAAUGUUCCUUUACCCAGACCUGAUGCUGGGACUCGGAAGGAUGUGGGCACACAGACCGCUGGCCUGUUCUACCCAUCUGGCACGCUACUAGCCAAAAAGGAACAGGAAAUGGCUUCUCAGAAGCAGAGGCAGAAGAUGAGCGACCAUAAACCUCUCCUCACAGCCAUCAGCCCAGGAAGAGGAUACUGGAGAAAACAGUUGGAUCAUAUCUCUGCCCACCUCAGGUCUUAUGCUCAGAACAACCCUGAAUUCCGGGCCUUGAUCGCAGAACCCAGAAUGGGAAAGCUCAUCUCUGCUACUGUCCAUGAAGAUGGCUAUCAAGUUAGCAUCCGGCUGAAUUAUAUUCAAGUAUCCAACAAGAACCUUUACCUCAGCAAGGCAGUGGAUUUCAGCAACCACUUUCUGAGCAGUGUCACCGAGGGUGGUGAUGGGCCAUUUGGCAGCAGGUCCAGCUUGGUGAGUGACUACAGUCAGAGCACCUCAGAUACCACUGAAAAAGUCAAGAGGACAAAGAAUUUCAAGACCAAAAAAUUUCAAGAAAAGGAGCCGCUCACACCUGAAAACCGUCUCCUGCUGAAGGAAGUUGGACCGACAGGGGAAGGGAGAGUCUCUGUAGUUGAACAGCUACUUGAGGAGGGAGCAGAUCCCAACUGCAGGGAUGGCGAAGAGCAACCCGUGAUAACCAAGGCCGUUGUGAACAAGCACCAUGAAGUGAUUCCAGUCCUUGUGCAGAGAGGAGCAGACACGGAGCAGCGCUGGGGCCCGCUCCAAAACACAGCUCUUCAUGAAGCUACUCUGCUUGGCCUGGCAGGAAGGGAGUGCGUCGCUGCUUUACUGCGGUGCAAUGCAAGCAUCCAAAAGAAGAACGUGAAUGGCCAGACGCCGUAUGACCUGGCUGUGCAGGCUGGGGAUGAUGUCAUCACCUCGCUCUUUGCUGCAAAGCUCAGCCUGGACGACUCAUAGACCCACGGGCCUACAGAGGACCUAAUUGCAAGAAACCACCCAGUUCUGGCUGUUCUUUGUUUCUUUCUGAGAUGUGUAUUUGCAGUUUGAGAAUUGAGAUGGAAAGGAACUCAUAAGACUUUUUUAAAUUUUUUAAUACAACACUGUAAGCCACCAUGCAGGCAUUUCCCAAUAUGCUGUCGAUGGUGACGAACUUAAUGUAUGUCUUUUUUUUUU